AUCUAUUGUUGUGUCGCUACGCAAUUGAUCAACACUUGGGGGCGGCAGCAGGUAUUAUUUAACUUCUAAAAACAGGGGGAAAUAUCUAAACCACAGAGGAAGAGGGCGGCUUUUAGAUGGACUGUAUAACAGGAGGUAUGAGCCAGCAAUCCAGAUCCCUGAGAGGCACCAUGGAGGAAACAUCGGUCAAAGUUCUGCUCAUUGUGGCUGCAGUACUGAGCUUCUCUACUAAACAAGUCCUCCCAGCUGCUCUGACUGUGAGUCCCAGAAGAUCUCAGUUCUUUGAAGGAGACUCUGUGUCUCUGAGCUGUGAGGAGAACAACAGCUCUGCUGGAUGGACUGUAUGGAGGAACACAACCACAGGAACCAGGACUCAGUGUGAAGAUGGAUGGGGGGAACCAGCUGGUUCUACCUGUAACAUGAAUUACAUUGUCCCAGAAGACAGUGGAGUUUACUGGUGUUGGUCGUCCAGAGAGGGAGCAGCCAGCAGCAGCAUCCAGCUCACUGUCACUGGUGGAUCAGUGAUCCUGCAGAGUCCUGUCCUCCCUGUGAUGGAGGGAGAUGACGUCACUCUGAGCUGUCUAACAAAGACCACUCCCUCCAACCUCACUGCUGCUUUCUAUAAAUAUGGCUCCCUCAUCAAGACUGAGCCCAAAGGUCACAUGACCCUCCACAAUGUGACCAGCUCUGAUGAAGGCCUCUACAGGUGUAACAUCAGUGGUCAUGGAGAGUCUCCAUCGAGCUGGAUCUCUGUUGAAGGGAAACCAACCACCUCCCACCCUCCUCCAUCCACAUCUUUGUCCAGUUCUCCAUCUCCUGAGGAUUCUUCUUCACGUUUUCCUCUCCUUAUUGUUCUUCUAUGUAUCGCUUUAUUUGUAAUAGUUUUGCUUCUGUUUCUACUGGUGAGACGUCAUGUCCAGAGGAAACCUGAAGUCCUUGAAAAUGAAGGUGGAGAUGAAGAACUUCUAUACAGUGAUGUACAAACGCAACUACAACCAACCAGAUUCAGGAAAGACAGCGACCAGGCUUCAAUUUACUCAGCAGUGAGAACGGAUGACACCAGAGAUGAACAGAUAAACAUCGGACAGACAGAUGCGGAUGGAUCAUGUGUACUUUAUGCAUGCGUGAGAAAAGGAAACAUCGACAAACCAAACCAAAGUACGAGCUUCAUCCAUAGCAGAGAUCCUCCAUCACAACCGCCAGUGAUGUCAUCAGCUGUCUAUUCUCCAUCCACCUGACCAGACCUGUAUAGAAUUUAUUCACUUUAAUUUGUUAUGAGAAUUUAUAUAUAUUAAUAUAAAAUUGCAGCUAUUAUAGAAAUUUUUUUUUUCUAUCUCACUGUAAAAGGACACUUUUUUUUUACCAAUUUAAUCCUAGUGGUCUAUCAGUUUACUGUAAGCUUCCUUUGUUCUGUAAAUAUACUUUUUAAUAACUUAUAAUAAUUUUUGUUUUGUUUAUUAACUCUUAAAUCAGAUUCAGUGCAAAACAAAAAUACAUUUUUCCAUCAAACAUUUAUUUCUGAGAUGACCGUCCCUGAGAAGAAAUGAGACAAUAUGUGCCUAGAAACAUUUAAAUGUAAAUAUUUCUGUAUUGAAUGCUGUUGUAUAAUAUAAGCCUUGUUUUCUAGCUUUAUAA